AGUUUUCCUAAUAUAACAUUGACUCGACCCGCCCUUAUCAUUGUUGCGCACUCGGAAAAAAGAUCUAACUGUGGAAAGAGGACCUGUGGGUACCUCAUGCACAUGUAGUUCGAAAAUAACCUCGGGGAUCUCCAAUCUUUUGUUCCAGGAUACUUUGGGAAUCUGGAACUCCACCGUGCACGAGGUUAUAUGCAAAAGUUUUUUUCUUUCAGCAUAUGUAUAUUCUUCCGAUUAUUGACAUGUCAAAGAUUGGUGCACCGGUGGUUAUUUAUUGACAGGCGGACCAAGUUUUAUAUAGAGAUACACACAAUGGAGCCCCAGAAGAUCGUGAUACUCUCUUUCCGGCGUGCGGCACAGCGAGAUGCCAGGGGUGUGCAGAUUGGGUACGAUUCUCUUAUUGUCCCUGACUCGCGUCCGCUAACAGCAAUGUGGCUUGUAUUACCGCGGUGCCGGACAAUCCAAGAAAGGAAAACGAGGAGUUGGUGAGCUUUGCUUCCGUUUGAAGGCCAGGCUGUUGCCAUGGACCCCUCGAGACAAAGUGGCCAUCGAAGUAGGAUGAGAUACAAAUGGCCGAUUUGCAUUGUUUUUAU